UUUUAUACAAAUAUUUUUAGAAAAACAUGGCAGAUAAUUUAAAUAAAUUUUCAUUUACUUUCAAUAUCAGUGUGCAAUGCCCAAUAACAAAGGCUAGAACUGGAUAUAUACAAGUUGUACAUUAUGAUGUUGAAACUCCAGUUUUUAUGCCUGUCGGUACGCAGGGAUCAUUAAAAGGAUUGCUUCCACAACAAUUAGAACAGUUAGGUUGUCAAAUUAUUUUAGGAAAUACAUAUCAUCUUGGAAAUCGACCGGGUUCUGAAAUUCUCGAUAAAGCAGGUGGGCUACACAAAUUUAUGAAUUGGAAUAGAGCUUUAUUAACAGAUUCUGGUGGAUUUCAAAUGGUGUCAUUAUUAAAACUUGCCAAAAUUACAGAAGAAGGAGUAGAAUUUAGUAGUCCUUUUGAUGGUUCAAAAUGUUUAUUAACACCAGAAAGAUCUAUUCAAAUACAAAAUUCAAUUGGUGCUGAUAUUAUAAUGCAGUUAGAUGAUGUUGUUCAUAGUUUGACUGAAAAACCAAGGGUAGAAGAAGCAAUGUAUAGAACGACUAGAUGGUUAGAUAGGUGCCUGAUAGCUCAUACAAAACCAAACACACAAAGUAUUUUUCCAAUCGUUCAAGGUGGUUUAGAUCCAAUUUUAAGAACAGAAUCUGUUGAACAAUUAAAACAGCGUAAGGUUAAUGGCUAUGCAAUUGGUGGACUUAGUGGAGGAGAAAGUAAAGAAGAUUUUUGGAAAAUGGUUCAUCUUACAACUGAUAUUCUUCCCAAGGACAAACCAAGAUAUUUAAUGGGAGUUGGUAUUGCUGUAGAUUUAGUUGUAUGCACUGCAUUAGGAGUUGAUAUGUACGAUUGUGUUUUUCCUUCUAGAACUGCAAGAUUUGGAUGUGCAUUAAUACAUACUGGACAAUUAAAUCUAAAGCAAAGUAGAUAUAGUACAGAUAAACGACCUAUAGAUGAAACAUGUACUUGUACUACUUGUAAAACUUAUAAUCGAUCCUAUAUUCAUCAAAUUGUUACUGUUGAAACUACAGCUUGUCAUAUAUUAACUGUUCAUAAUAUUGCAUUUCAAAUGAGACUCAUGAAAGAAAUCCGUCAAAGUAUUACAGAACAGAGAUAUCCCAAGUAUGUUCAAGAUUAUAUGUUGAAAGUUUAUCCUAACAAAGAUUAUCCAAAAUGGAUUGUUAAUGCUUUGAGAGCAGUAAAUAUUAUAUUACUAUAACUUAUAAAUUAAAUAUAUUUAUAAAAAUUUUAUCUGUAAAUUA